AUGCCCUCCACCAAUUCCGGUUUUUGUCCACAGCCCCCUUGCCCAGCUGCACGCUUGUCCAUACUUCGUCAAGUCGCUCUCUCGCUGGCAAUCGCUGAGUCUGAACUGCAUUUCGAACAUCGCGAUCUGCACUGGGGUAAUGUCCUGGUUCGUCCGUGUCGUUCGGAUUUGUUUGAGCGAUCCGAUACGUGUCAGUUUUGCUCUCCUGAGACUCUCUCGCACAGGACGCAUUUCCGCCUGAACGGUUCCUCGUUUGACGUGCCUACACAUGGCCUCGUCGCGGUGAUUAUCGACUUCACUCUGUCUCGUCUGGAACAAGACGGAGGUUUGGUGUACGUGGACUUGUCGACGGACCCGACACUGUUCGAAUCUAAAGGUGAUUAUCAGUUCGAUGUGUACCGUCUAAUGCGUAAACACAAUCGUAACCAGUGGAAGAAAUUCACUCCGAUGACAAAUGUGAUGUGGCUAAACUACCUUGUCAAGAAACUGUGUUCCGUGGACUCUGAUGACCAUUAUCCACAAGAUCCUCGGCACGUGAUCAGCGCCAAGUUGUUGUCAUCCUUGGAACCGGAUUUGGAUGCACUGUUGUAUCGAUCCGCCUGUGACUUGGUGCUCAAUCAUUCCGCGUUUGCUGACACGCGGCUCCAAUAG